CUCCGUUACUCGCCCAUGGCCACACUUGUGCAUGUGCGUUAGAGGUUCCUUUCCUUUUUAUAUAAGCCCCUCGUCUCUCACCAACAAACCAACAACAACAAGCAGCCAGGCCAUCGGGCAACAACAACGCGUAUAAAUAAACGUGAACGCAUGUACUUAAUAUUAGCAUAGAGUUGUCGCCUGCGUGCAUUACAUAUACAUAACAUAACAUCCACAUACUCCCAUGACAACGGGACUUCAGACAGUAACGGUAGAGCAGCUAGAAGAAGAGGAAAGAGCACUGGCGAAGUAGAACGGGAACAAGAAGAAAAAGCAGUGGAAGAGUCCAGCAGGCACUCACUCACUCACCACAUACCGCCCAAAGGUCCCAAUGCUGUCGUAGAGAAGCCGAAACACCUGCUGCUGCCAGUGGAAAAGCGGGAGGAGCUGCUCCAAACUGCCCAGGUGACAUCCAACCCGUUAGAGGCGACGCACCUGCCGCCUUGAGGAACUGGGCGCUACGCAGGAGGACUCGAUACCGCAGUAGCGGCCACCAUGAACGCCAGCCUCAUCUAUGAGAUACUUAUGUAUCUGAACUCGUUCUACUUUGGCAUGUACGCCGCCUUCGAAGUGGGCGUGGGCGUUCUUAAGGCGAUCAAUCUCAGCUACGGCGAGAACGCGUUGUCCCGGGAGGCCAGCAUCCUGCUCUCACUGUGCAUCAUCGAGACCGUGCGCAUUGUCUUCGGUCGGAAGAGCAGUCUAAGCGAUCGUGGCUGGCAAGCAACCGCAUCCGUAAUAUUAACACUGCCCAGUCUUGCUAUUGUUAUCUACUUGUGUUGUUUUCAAACCUUUGUUCUCAAACUCGAAAUUAUUCUGAGUGCCUUAAUGAUCACCCUACAAGGUGCUGAACUAGUCUACGCCAGCAUAUUCAUUUGUACAAUGUGUCGCCCCGUCACAUACACCUAGCAGUUGAUAAGCCGCGUUGCCGCCGCCACGUCAACGACCAA